CAGCAGGUUGGUCUUUUGCAGUGUGUGGCUGUCCUUUGUUCCUACCUACCUGAGUACCAAGGGAGAGUACAUGGUGGCUGCGGAGAUCUUUUCUAUUGUGGCCUUUAGUUUUGGGUUACUAGGCUGUAUCUUCUUCCCCAAAUGUUAUAUCAUUUUGGUGAGGCCAGAGUUAAACAGCAGGGGACAGCUUAUCAUAAGAAAGAAAGAAAGCAUGACCAAGUGUAUUUGAUGUGGCAUAUAAUAGAUGGACUAAAUCUCCUUAUAUUCAUUUUGCCACAACCCAACAAAACAGUCCCCCAUAGCUCAUAGAGCAGACCAUGUAGCUCUUCUCCCUGGACUUCCCUCUUACACAGUACUGUUAUUAAGGGAAGCAGUGGCUCAUGUAACCUAGACUCAUAGAGCUGGAAGGGACCCCAAUUCCAAGAUGCGGACUACAUAUUUUGGAAACCCAAUUGGUUACAAGGUCUUCUUUAAUGAGCUUCUAACUUCUAACUUCAUCAAUACACCACUGGUCUUUUAUUAUCUAAUGAAAGGGUAAUAAAAAUAACAGUUCUGAAUAGGUGACAAACACAUUUUCUUCAGCAAUUCCAGAGGGAAUUCUUAGCAUUGGGUGAAUAACUACAUUCCUGCUUGAUAAUUAAGAGGGCUAUAAUUUGAGUCUGAUUUUGGAUACUCCCAGAUUGUGUCGUUUUGGGAAAAUAAACUACCAUUUAAACAAGACAAUUUUAACUCAGAAAAGAGAAAACGUAGUUUCUGCAUACAGCAAACAGUUGCCUUUGUGUUCAGAAUGGAGGUUUUAAUGUUCUUGUUGCUGGAACUGAUUUCUUACAUUGUAUGUCAGGCUCACAUAGCAAAAUGCAGGCUCCAAGGUCCACACCAUCCACUUCACAUGUAUCAUCAGCCAGGAGACUUCCUCAUUGGUGGCAUUGUUUUCCAUAGUGGCUUCAUCUCGUCUGCAGCAACAUUCACUGAGGAACCCCCACCAGCGCUGCCUGAAGAGCUUGUAGGGAAGGACCCAAACCAAUGGAUUCAAGUUGCAAGAGAGGAGAUUCUGUCUAAACAACAGGAAGAACUGGCUGAUUAUACACUCAUUUAUGGCUCUGCUCCGGUGAUGAAUGAUAAAAGCCCAGGGCUUCCCUUCUACCAGAUGGCAGCCUCAGAAGCCCUUCAGUAUGAGGGAAUUCUCUCUUUGCUUCUGCAUUUCAGGUGGACGUGGAUUGGAGUCAUUGCAACAGACAAUGGCAAUGGAGAAAGAUUUGUGCAAACCAUUUCCCCAAUGUUUACCAAGAGUGGAACUGGAAUUCAGGAGUGUUCAGUGGUGCUAUAUCCUUUGAAAUUCACUUCAGAAACCCACCAGGAUUUCAUCAGUAUGUUGUGUACAGAAACCCUUCCAGCACAGAUGGGGACGGUUUUAUUAGGGACUUCUGACAACAGGCCUUUGAAUGUGUAUUCCCAGAUAUCGCUGCAGGAAAGGUGGAGGGGAAUAUUUGCACCGGAGAAGAGAAGCUGGAAAGCCUUCCUGGAUCACUUUUUGAAAUGAGCAUGACAGGCCACAGCUACGGCAUCCACAGUGCUGUCUACGCCAUGGCCCAUGCUUUACAUGCCAUGUCCACAUCCAGACUCAGACAUAGAAGAAUGGCGUACAGAGGGAGAGGGAAGAAUCUGAAUCAACAGUUUUGGCAGCUCCAUCACUUUCUGAGAAGCAUCUCAUUUAACAAUACUGCAGGAGAUGUGGUCUUCAUCAACCAGAAUGGAGAGGCAGCAUCUAGCUUGGAUAUUGUCAAUUGGAUUAUAUUCGCCAACCAAAGUUUGCACAGAGUGAGAGUUGGGAGGAUAGAUCCACAGGCUCCUCCAAACCAAUCAUUACUCCUUGAUGAAGAUGCCAUCACAUGGCACAGUUGGUUUAACCAGAUUCAGCCUCUUUCAGUCUGUACUGAGCGUUGUCUUCCAGGAUCCAGCAAGAAAGUGAAGGAAGGACAGCCACCUUGCUGCUACGAUUGCAUCCCAUGUCCAGAGGGGAAGAUUGCAAACCAGGAUGAUAUGAAUGACUGUAACAAAUGCCCAGACAAAGACUAUCCAAGCAAAUACCGGGAUGCAUGUCUACCCAAGGAUAUCAGCUUCUUGUCUUAUGAAGAACCUUUGGGCAUCAGUUUAGCCUGCUUCUCUCUUUUCCUUUCCCUGAUCACAGUUCUGGUACUAGGUACAUUUAUAAAACACCAUGACACACCCAUUGUCAUUGCAAACAACCGAAACCUCACCUACACUCUCCUCAUCUCUCUCCUGCUCUGUUUCCUUUGUGCUUUGCUAUUCAUUGGCCGACCUGAGAAGGUCACGUGCCUCCUCCGACAAACAGCUUUUGGCAUCAUCUUCUCAACUGCUGUUUCUUGUGUCCUGGCAAAAACCUUCACUGUGGUUUUGGCCUUCAUGGCUACAAAACCAGAGUCCAGGAUGAGGAAAUGGGUGGGGAAAGGACUAGGCCACUCCAUUGUCUUUUCCUGCUCCAUUGUUCAAGCAGGGAUAUGUACUCUGUGGCUGGCAACCUCUCCCCCAUACCCAGAUGUGGACAGGCACUCAAUGACAGAAGAAAUUAUACUAGAAUGUAAUGAAGGGUCUGUGACCAUGUUUUACUGUGUCCUCAUCUACAUGAGCUGCCUGGCCACUGUAAGUUUUGCUGUGGCUUUCCUCGCCAGGAAGUUACCAGACAGUUUCAACGAAGCCAAGUUCAUCACUUUCAGCAUGUUGGUCUUCUGCAGUGUUUGGCUGUCCUUUAUUCCCUCCUACCUGAGCACCAAGGGAAAAUAUAUGGUGGCAGUGGAGAUCUUCUCUAUCUUAGCCUCCGGUGGUGGGUUGCUGGGCUGCAUCUUUUCCCCAAAAUGUUACAUAAUUAUUCUGAGGCCUGAACUGAACAAUAGGGAACAGCUAAUAAGGAAGAAAAAUUAAAGAAAUAAGAAACCUGUCCUUUGCUUUAAUUUGUGCUUUUCUUUUGUGUACAGUAGAAUAUUUCUUCUUCUUCUUCUUCUUCUUCUUCUUCUUCUUCUUCUUCUUCUUCUUCUUCUUCUUCUUCUUCUGUGAAAGUGUUGCCAAUAAAUUGAAAGUAACUUUUCCACUUCAUGA